AUGAUGAUCAAUGUAGCCAAAGCUGCUGCAAGGUUCCGGCUACCAAGCGAAACUUCUCGCCACACAGCAACGAUCUUGGGGUUCCCCUCAAUCUACUCCAUUGCCGCAGCAUACUAUGAUAGCGCAUGCCUUGACAUUGCUAGUCUAGCCUCUGCCAUCUCUCAUUUCGAGCCCGUCAGGCUGUUCACUCGUCCAGAAGAUGUCUCGAAAGCGCAAGCUCUCGUGGAACAAACCAAUACCAAAUACCCCAGCAACAGGUCCAAUAUAUCCAUUAUUCCAUUUCUGACAAAUCACCUCUGGGUUCGGGAUACAGGCCCAGUCUACGUUGAACCUUUUGAUAAAAGUGACCAGAAGGGCCGCUUUGCGAUCAAUUUUCGCUUUAGCGAGUGGGGGCGCAAGGACGCGAUCGGAGAUGACGAUCGCGCCUGCGAUGGGCUCGAGUGGCCAUUUAUGCAACCUGCGCAGCUCGAAGAAAAUGCAACAUUCGCAAAACAUGUCAUUGAAUUCGACCAAUCACCUUGUUCAGUCACGCUCAUUGAAUCCAAGGUCUGCCUUGAAGGGGGCGCGUUGGUCGCAGAUGGGGAUGGGACGCUGUUAGCCACAGAGAGCAGCAUUCUCAACGAGAAUCGAAACCCUGGAAUGUCUCGUUCUGAUAUUGAAAACGAACUAUAUCGCUUACUUGGUGUUGAUAAGAUUGUCUGGUUUCCUGGCCGUAAAGGUCUUGACGUGACAGAUGUCCACGCCGAUGCUGAGGUCACCUUCAUUCGACCAGGCGUCGUGGUACUCUCCCGCCCCCAUCCUAGCGCUCCGAGAGCAUGGAUUGAGGUCUACGAGGAGAUCCAAGCUAUACUACGGGGUGCGACGGAUGCAAAGGGACGCUCUUUUGAGGUUCGUGUUAUCGAUGAACCUAACCCCAAGGUCUUUGGAAAUUUGACGUAUGACGAACCGGCGACGAACUAUGUGAAUUGUUAUUUUGUCAAUGGUGGUUUGAUCCUGCCUCAAUUUGGAGACGUCCAACGGGAUCAGGAAGCAUUGGCCCUCUUCCAAACCUUAUGUCCAGAUCGCGUAGUGCAACCGGUGCGUGUGACUGGGCUGCCGCUUGCAGGGGGAGUUAUUCACUGCGCAACGCAGCCAGUCCUUGAAAAUGGUGACCUUUAG